AUGGUCAGUCCUUAUCCUGCCACCAUAACUGGGUCUUUAGAUCCUAAAGGAACUGAGCAGAAACAAGAAAAGAAGAAUGUCAGUUUCUCAACAAGGACGGGUACCAACCCUUUAUCUGCUCUUCUUUUUAAUGGCGCAGUUUCCGACAUCACAUCUCUUAUUCUUACGCGGGACCCACAUCUCGCUCGUGUACAGCCCGAAACUCCACCCGUGUGA